AUGAACCGUCCCGACCAGCGGCUUGCAAAUGGGCCAGAAGAGCAGCAAAGGCCACGUCGGGUACCGCAGAACCUGUCCCCUGUCUGCGGGAGGCUAUGGCUCAUUAACAGUGUCAACGGCGUCAACGUGGACAAGGAGACGCAUCACCAGGUUGUGCAGCGCAUCAAAGCCGUGGAGGCCGAGACUCGCCUGCUGGUGGUGGAUAAGGAGACGGACGAAUACCUGCGCAGCCUGCGCCUGACGUGCACCGAGGAGAUGGUGCACACCGGGAUCCUGCUGACCUCGACCGUGUCGCCAGUCAAGUCGGCCAGCAGCGACAACGGAGACGUCUGGAAGCCCCAGCUGGAUCUGAGCGGCGGGGGUCUCAAAAGGCACUCGCACAGCUUCAGUUCGGAGAGCGGGAAGAAGGACGUAAACGGACAAACGAAGGAGUCGCGCCCUCGCCUCUGCCACCUGAAGAAAGGCCCCAACGGCUAUGGCUUCAACCUGCACAGCGAAAAGUCCCGACCCGGGCAGUUCAUCCGCUCCGUGGACCCAGAUUCGCCGGCAUCUAAAGCAGGACUCCAGCCUCAGGACAAGCUUAUAGAGGUGAACGGGAUAAACGUGGAAGGCAUGAAGCACUCGGAGGUGGUGUCGCACAUCAAGUCCAAGGAGAACGAAGCCAAGCUCCUCGUGGUGGAUCCCGAAACGGAUGACUACUUCAAGAAACUGGGCGUCACCCCAGCGGAGGAGCACAUCAAAGGUGGUGUGCCCCAGCCUAUUACCAACGGGUCUCCGCAAACCCAGCUGAACGGAGGAUCCACGUCUUCGUCCCACAGCGAUCUCCAAAGUCCUGGGAAGGAAUCGGAGGAGGGGGACUCGGAGAAGAAGGACCCGUUCGAGGAGAGCGGGCUGAACCUGAGCCCGACAGCGGCAGAGGCCAAGGAGAAGGCACGCGCCAAGCGGGUGAACAAGAGGGCCCCGCAGAUGGACUGGAACAAGAAGCGGGAGAUUUUCAGCAACUUCUGAGCCCUACGGCAACGCCUCCCCUCCCGCGCCCACCCCUGCCUUCCCCACCGGACGUACCCGCCGGACGCGAGCUCCCUGCCCCUGGUGUCGCUUUGCGCCCCGCUCUCCAUGGGUUGCUUUUACAAGGCAGAUUUUAACAUCUUUUUAUUGACAAGCGGUUCUAACAGGAUGCGACCAAAGCCCCUUUCGUUGCUCCGGGCGCCCCACGGCGCCAGCGAGGAACGACUGGAGGGGCUUCCUUUGUCAUCUGGGCCUGCGUUCUUUAGGGUUUUACUGGUUUUAGGGUCCCCCCUGCCCCCCAAGAAUCCCGGACGGAGCCGGGACGGAUCUCUUAUUCCAAAGCCUCCUGCCGAGGGCUCUCGGACUUGCAAAUUCUCCCUUGGAGGAAUCGAAGCGUGCUGCAGCGUUAGGGGAAGACGGGCCGAACCCCCCAGCCGGGCUCCAGAAGUCAUUGCUCGUGGUGUGGGACUGGGGUCAGCAGCUCUGUGUUUCUCUCCCCUUGGCUUUGCUAUCCAUUGAAAAGGCUUUUUUUUUUUUUGCAAACGAUCCCAUCUGUUUCUCGUUAACGCUGGAACCACCCUCCCCAUGGGCUGGCUUGAUCCGAUACAAUAAAAGCCCCUUUCUCAGCAAAGCUUUUCCAUCCCAGGCCCCAUCCACGUGGCUGGCUGUGGAGGAGGCGUUCGUCGGACCCUGGAAAACAAAUACACAAAAUCACCCAAGGGCCCCACGGCUCAGAUCUGCAUAACGACAUGCAGAAAUGAGUGGCAUGGGGAGGGGAGGAGGAGGAGCUGUCCCCCCUUCAUCUCAAGGUGGAGAGACGGCCAAUGCACACGCGUUGGUCUCUGUGCCCAGCUCGAGAAGCACGAUGCAGCUUCUGCUGCCAGCGAGGAAGCCUCCAGGGACGGACACGAUGCUCGUGAAGACGGGGCUCCCUGCAGAAGCCAUCCGCCGUGGAUGCUGAUGUGGGCACCGUGCCUCAGGCCACAUCCAGUCUGCUAUUACCAACCUUUUGCCCCCCUGCUGAUCUUUUUCCACCUGCACUCCCAGCCUGUCAGGAUGAGGCCUCUCCUUUCCCUGCAGCCGGGUGCUGGGCCCUGAGUGGCACCGGGGUCAGGUGCACAGAUCGGACCGCGCAGGGGAGCCCUCUCCGGCGGUGCCCACCACGUGACGUCCCUUCCCGCGGGCAGUAGCCAGGGUGGCAAGCAGCUGCUUUAACUUUGGUCAGCUCCAUGCUCACAGCACGCUGCCUUCUCCAUUAGAUAGGGUUGUAAAACCGGCCCGUGUCGCUGUGAUUAAACCUAUUUAAGCUCUUCACUACUCACCCUGGGCUUCGUACAAGGGAAGAUGAAUUAAAACACGUACUAAUGGCUUCAAGGCAAUAGAGUUUUCCCAGGGAAGGGUCCACGCCGCAAGGAGCUGGACGAAUCCCAGUUUCUUCUUACCGAGAUCUAACAAAACAGUCUUUGUGGCUGGCACGUUUUGUAACACAAGUAGUAUUAACGAGGGGAACGGAGCAGGACUGGACGGACGCGGCAGAGGGUAGAAAGCGACCCCUUUCCCCAGCGAGAGACGUAAGAGGGCGAGGACGUAGGACUUCGUAGAACUCAAGCACAUGGUUCAAUUUUGCCCCCGCGCUACCCUGAAUGAAUCAGUGGCCUUUGACUUCGUGCACUAUGGGUCUUGGCAAGGGUCUGUGUGUAUUUCAUAAAUACUAAGCUAAAAAGGUGCCUUAUAAACACUUACUUUCAGUAGAAGGGUAUAUCCCAGCACAGUGCAAGGCGGUCGGGGGAGAAGGGAACCCCAGCAGCUGAUGCCACGGCGUUCAGCUGAGCACGUGGCUGUUCCCAUAUCGAAGACGAGGAACGGAGCGGCUUUUGAGAGAGUGGGUUGGCUUGCUUUUUGUGAGGAUGCACAGACAAAGCUUUGGAAAGAAAACUCUGCAAGUGUUUGGCUGUAAACGAAUAGGACCGACAACAGCCGGGAGAGCUCGUCUCCCGUACGGGGCCUGGCGGCUAACGGAGGUGUCAUUUACCUACCAAAAGUACCCGAAGGUGGGGCGGGCGUUUCGUGUUGGCUACGAGAAACCUUUGCUUCCUUCACAAGUCAGUCAUCAGAGAACCCCUCCACGCGCUCGUGAUAGGCAGGUUGCUUUUAGUCCCUGCAUUUCCAACAAGCUGGAGCCGUAUCCUGGUCUGCUGAGGACGUUAUCUCCCCGCUUACAAGGCAAACGGUCGAAUACAUCCUUGCAUACAUCUCAGCAAGCAAAAGUGAUUCUCUCACAACCUGUACAUACCGUUAAUUCUCGCACAAGACUGAACCACUGUAGUCGAGGGGAAGCUAGCAGGGGUUGGCGGGGGGUUUGGAUUAUGAUCAAAGGAAAUCAGGUAUGCACACAUGUACCAAUAAGAUUUUAAAAUGAUCUCUGCUUACUCCGUGGAAACUGCUCAUGGCUAAAGGACUUACCACUAUUUCUGACAUCUUGUAGCUCUGUAAUAAUCAGUUUCUGUACAUUUAACUUUCAAAAUCAGUACAAGUAUAAGGCUGUUUUCUGCAUUGUAAAAACAUAAUGUAUACUUUCAUGUCAAUAAUAAACCCUGUUUUGCCA